AACAAACUUUCCAAUUAAACAGAGACUUCAGAAACCUGUCUCAUGACGUUGUAAUAAUAAUAUUGCAAAAUCAAGAAACAACAUAAUUCACUAAAAAUAAAGUAAGUAAAAGAAAGAAAGAAAGAAAGAGAUAGUGGCUCAAGUCUCAAACUCAAUCAAAAGCACCAAACCAAAGUUACCAAACUUCUCACCACAAAGAGAGAAGAAGAAGAAAGAAACAGAGAACCGCCAUGGCAGAGAAAGAGAAGAAAACCAAAAAGAAGAAGAAGAAAGAGAAGCAUCAAUCUUCCGACAUCUCUUUCAAACCAACCUCCGACGUAAAAGGUCUCAAAUUCGGUGGCCAAAUAAUCGUCAAAUCAUUCACAAUCCGACGAGCAAGAACACUCGAGCUUCUAAAACUCCUCUCACUCCCUUCUUCAUCAUCACCGCCGCUUCUUUCCACGGCGGCGUAUCUUCCUACAAACUUCACAAUCCUUGCACACCACGCAUGGCACACACUAACACUCGGUCUCGGAACAAGAAAAUCGAAAGUGGUGGUCUUCGUGUUCGAAACAGAGGCGAUGAAAUCAUCGGUUGUGGCCGCAGAAGGAGGAAUCUGGCCGCCGGAGAUUCCAUUGGGAGAUGUGAACAAGAAGAUGAUCAGAAAGUUAAAGACCUGGGAGAUGGCUAGGUUUAAGUUCAGAAAAGGUUGUAUCACGUUUUACGUUUACGCCGUGAGAAACGCCGGGAAUGAAGGGUUUGCGGCGGCGGAGGACUUAAAGGUAAUAUUGCAAGCGGUGGUGGCAUUGAAAGAUUUCAUGGAUCACACCGCAAUGCUUGUAAUGCCCCACCAGAAAAGUAUUAAUUACAACUCUUGUCCUCCUUUUGCCAUGGCUCACUAACUUUGAACAAUAUUCACAAGUGGGCCUCUUCUUCUUUUCUUUUCUUUUUUCACUCCUUUUUUUUUUUUUUCUUAAUUGAUAUAUAGAAGAAAAAAAGUUCGGAUUAUUAUUUAUUUUUGGUUCCAUAAUGGGGUUGUUUGUUAUUAAUUUCCUGUAUUUUUUUUCUUUUUUCUUUUUGGGUUGAAGAUUGUGGUAUGAAUAAGAUUAGGUUGGUUUUGUUCGUGCA